AUGGGGAACAAAACUGCAACGCAGACCAUCGGGCAAACACAAAUGUGUCGCGGAGCGGGGAUUUCUUCAGCUCAUUUCGAGUAUCAUCUGCAUCAAGUCAACAUGUCCGGCCGUGGAAAGGGAGGAAAAGGUCUUGGAAAAGGAGGAGCCAAGCGCCAUCGCAAAGUUCUCCGCGACAACAUCCAAGGAAUCACCAAGCCAGCUAUUCGCCGUCUUGCCCGUCGUGGUGGAGUCAAGCGUAUUUCUGGAUUGAUCUACGAAGAGACCCGUGGAGUGCUCAAGGUUUUCCUUGAGAACGUGAUCCGUGACGCCGUCACCUACUGCGAGCACGCCAAGAGAAAGACCGUCACCGCCAUGGAUGUCGUCUACGCCCUCAAGCGACAAGGCCGCACCCUCUACGGAUUCGGAGGAUAA